AUGGCAGUCGAGCCAAAAUACCUACGUGCCUAUAUCCAGGGUACUGAUAUUUUCAACAAAGAAAAAUGGCCAGUUCCGCUCGCAGAUAUGUUGCCCGCUAUUGCUGCCGCUUCAGGAGAUAUUGAGCUUUUCAAAAACCCGACUCUUACACCAGCCCUGCUUCUCAAGCAAAGCCAUGAUCUUCUGCCGAGUGCACUCAAAGCCGCAAUUGCAGCAGAUCAGUUCAAUAUGCUUGAGCGCAUCCUCAAGUACCUCGUGGACAACGUCAAGCGCAAGCGCGACUCCGGCUCAUGGAAGGACAUGCGGAAUGCCGCCAAGAAGAUCGGCAGAGCGUUGUGUACGGCGAUACGUCUGCAUAAAAACGUCGCCGGAAAUAUGUUGUUCGAUUUCCGUGAAGAGAACAAGUUCUUCUCCACGUUUGCGCCUGACGAAAUGGGCGACUGGCUCGUCAACGAAGUUUCUAAGUGCGACAACACGGCUUUAUUGUACCGCGUUUUGGAGGUCAAUAACCCUGGGAUUAUGGCGCACGUUAAGAAAGGGACCAAGAAAUAUUACAGCCUUGAUUCUCAAUCCUUUGAGAGCCUAUACCGAAGAGGUGGGAUCAAGAUCUGGAGUAUGCUACUGGAAGAUGGUGUCGUGGAACUCAACAAAGUCUGCUCGGACAAGACUCCACUUCAGCAAGCCCUCAAGAGACGGCGAUACGAUAUUGCCGGCCUUUUCAUCAACAAAGGUGCAUCGAUUAACAGUAUUACGAAGGACGGCAACAACAUUCUGUGGGAGGCCGCAAAUGAUGGGUACGAAAAAGAUGUCAAGUUUCUACUCAGCCACGGCGCGGACCCCAGAGUUGUUGGGAAGAACAGAACCUCGGCAAUCUCAGUUGCGACAACGUACGGGUAUGGCAAAUGUCGUUUCUUGCUUGAGAAGGCAAGAGAUCACGGAAAAGAGUAUCUCGAGCGCACCGAUCUAUGGGCGGUAUACGAAACUGAGGUCUUUGAUGACCGCUGGGGAUUUUAG